AUGUCUUCUACACCCUCAUUACCAACAAAUGAGUCCAGGUUGAAAACCCCAUGGAUCAUGCUUGCUGUGGCAAGCGGUGCCUUCGCCGCGCUAAACGGGCUCUUCGCGAAAUUAACAACGGAUAAUAACACUUCUGCCUUUGCUCAAUCUCUCGCACACCUAUUCGGCCUUGAUUCCUCCCCAUUUCUAGAGCUUCUCGUCCGAGGUAUCUGCCUCGGUCUCAACGUUAUAUGUAACAUAAUAAUGUGGGCCCUCUUCACUCGCGCCCUGACAGCCGGCCCUUCAACAGUAAAGGUCUCUAUCACAAAUACCUCAUCCAACUUCCUUGUUACGGCGCUCUUGGGCAUGGUGGUGUUUCGGGAGGCUGUUGGUGGGCUUUGGUGGCUUGGGGCUGCUAUGAUGGGUGCUGGGUGUAUUUUGGUUGGGAUGCGCGAGGGGGCGUAG